AGAAAUGGAGGGGGAGGGGAGUCUGGUGGACGGGGUGGGGGUGGCGGUGGCAAAAAGGAGAAGCCGCCAAUCAGAGACGAGCAUGGCAAAAUCCGCAUUAGAGGUGCCUUAUUGCGCACUUACGUGUUCAACAUAAUUUUCAAGACCCUGUUUGAAGUGGGGUUCAUUUUAGGUCAGUAUUUCCUUUAUGGUUUCCAGUUGCGGCCGCUGUAUAAGUGUGUGCGGUGGCCAUGCCCCAAUACGGUGGACUGCUUCAUUUCCCGGCCCACGGAAAAGACCAUCUUCAUCAUAUUUAUGCUUGUGGUGGCUUGCGUGUCCCUUUUGCUGAAUUUGUUAGAAAUCUAUCACCUCGGAUGGAAGAAGGUCAAACAGGGCAUGACCAACGAGUUUGCCCCCGACCGCGAGUCGCUGCCCGACGCGAACAAAGCGGAGGCCGAGUCUUUUAGAACUGCGCCUGCCACCCUCAGCUACCCGCCAGACUACACGGAGGUGGCAGUGGGUGGCGGAGCGUUCCUCCAGCCUAUGUCGGCACCCUCGACGGCCGAGUUCAAGAUGGACCCUCUGCGCGAGGAGCUGGAGGAGUCCUCGCCGUUCUACAUCAGCAACAACAACCACAGGCUGGCUGCCGAGCAGAACUGGGCCAACCUGGCCACCGAGCAGCAGACUCGGGAGAUGAACGCCACCUCCCCCUCCCCCUCCCCUUCCUCCUCCUCGUCUCGCUCCUCUGACAACGGGCG